AUGACUACACCGUUGUCGAAACCUGGGUUCGAGAUUUUAUUGAAAAUGUUCCCAAGCUUGAAUCAUUUAGAAUACGAAACCAAUUUUCUAACCUUUGAUAAUUUGUUUGAAGGUAUAACGAGAGACAUGUUUGAUGCUGAAUGUGCAGCGGUGAAAGAAUGGUUUGAUAAGAUGAAAUCAAGAGGCCAUUAUCAUCAAUUAACUUAUAUUGGAAACUGGAAUGCACAUAUCACUGCAGAGCAGCGAUUGAUGGCAGGCAUGGCUAGUGUAUCUGAAGAUAGUAGCAGCUCUACUUAA